AUGGGUCACUGGAAAAAUGAUCAGAUGAAUGGUUAUGGAACAUUGUAUUUAAAUGAAAAUGAAUAUUAUGAAGGAGAAUUUGUUGAUAAUAAAAGAUCAGGAUGGGGAAGAAUGUAUUAUGAAAAUGGAAAUAUGUAUGAAGGCGAAUGGUUUAAUAAUAAACGUCAUGGUCUUGGUCUAUUUUUUAUAAUUAAUGGUAAUCAUUAUGAAGGUAAUUGGUUUGAAGAUAAAAAACAUGGUUAUGGUCAAUAUUAUUUUGAAAAAGAAAAAUAUUUAUUUAAAGGUUUAUGGUUGAAUGAUAUGUGUAAAUCAUCUGAAUUUACUCAACUGUUAAAUAGAGAACAUAAAACAUCCGCCUCUCAAAAAAUAUAA